AUGGCUCGUUGUCAAGGAGCUAACCUUUGCUUCAUGUUCUUCCAUGAAGAACCGCCGCCAUCGGAAACCCUUGGCAUCCUCGCCUUCGACGCCGCCAAGACCAUGUGUCGCCUUGUCUCCCUUUACAAAUCCCUCGCCGACCCCGAAAUCCUCAAGCUCCACCGCCACGUCAUCAAAUCCAAAGGUGUAACCUGCCUCAAUUCCAAAGAAGAAUGCUUCCUACUCAACCUCGCUUGCGCCGAGCGCCUCGAGGAUCUCAACCUCGCCGCCGCCAACGUCUCUUGGCUUGGCCGUAACUGCUCCGACAAGGGGCUCAGCUGCUUCGAUGUCGUCUAUGCCGACAUGAAGCGCGGCGUAGUUGACGUCAAGAAGAUCGAAUUUGGCACUAGAAACAUCGAGAAGGUAAUUGAGAAAAUGGAGAAGCAUGUCUCCGCCACGAGGAACCUCCACGCCGCCAUGGAAUCCUUAACGGAGAUGGAGGGUUCGCAGAAGAAGAUACAACGUUGGAGAAAUAUUAGGGCUAACCAUGGCUUGAAGGUGAAAGUUGAAUGUUUCAAUGAUAGGAUCUUGUUAUAUAGAAGAAGGGUUCAGUAUUACAAACAAGUUUCGCUUUGGAACCAGACAUUUGACAAGGUUGUGGGUCUCAUGGCUCGUAUUAUAUGCAUUGCUUACGCUAGAAUCUGUAACGUUUUUGGACCCUUUGUAACGGGUAUUAUACCUGGUUGCAACAAGAAGAACAACGUUGUUAAUGUUAAAGGAAUUUUCCAUCCAAAUUUUGAUAACUCUUGUUGCCUCCUAGAACAUCGAGAGUUGUAUGAGGUAAAUCUCUGUCUCUUCGAUCAGAACGAGGAAUCAUUGAAGAAACGCGCGAAAAAUUCGGGUUCUGUUUUUAAAGGAGGGUUGAUCCGAUUCAACAACCACCCUCCGCCGCCGCCACCUCCACCGCCGCCGCGGCACAGUCCGCAGGGAGAUAUGGCGAAGAACAACCGUGUUUUGCGUCUGCCCCCGCCGUCCACGGUUGGUGGGGCGGGGCUUUCGCACAGGUAUGCAAACGUGAUCCUGUUCAUGGAACGGUGCAUGAAUGCUUCGGCGGCGAUUGGUGAUGACGCGCGCUCGGCGCUGUAUGAGAUGUUACCGGGGAGGUUGAAGGUGAAGCUGAGGCCGAAGUUGAGGAGUCAAUAUUUGAAAUGGGAGGAGAAUUCGGAAAGAGGAGAUGACGGUCACUCGGCGGUGGCCUCGCGGUGGUUCGACAAGGUGGAGGAGGUAAUGGAUUGGUUGUCGCCGGUGGCGCAUGACACGGUGAAGUGGCAGGCUGAGAGGAACUUGGAGAAACAGAAGUUUGAGACAAAACCAACGGUGUUGUUGUUGCAAACGCUUCAUUACUCAAACUUGGAGAAGGUGGAGGAGGCUAUUGUUGAAGUGUUGGUGGGGUUGAGUUGUAUAUAUUGGUACCGAAAACAAUGGUAG